AUGGAUGAUAUCUAUAUAAUAUCAAUCGCGAUUGAGGAUACAGUAGAAAGAAAGAAAAGAAAGACAUCAUACCAUGUGUGGCAUAUUAGUUGUUCUUGUUGUGGUUCAGUAUUGUCUUUAAAAAAGUCAACGUGUACUAGAACCUUUUAUUGGGCAUUCUCUUGGUUUGCCGAUAUUGAUGUAUUACAAAUUUGUUCAAAACAAGAUAAUGAAUGUUAUGGAGCAUUGGUAGUAUAUCGUUUAACAUUUGGGUUGGCAGUAUAUCAUAUAUUAUUGGCAUUGAUAUUGAUUGGUGUCAAAAACACAGAGAAUCCAAGAGCACAGAUACAAGAUGGCUAUUGGCCAGUAAAGAUUGUUUUGUUGGCCGGUAUCAUCUUUGCAUCGUUCUUUAUUCCCAAUCAAUUCUUUGUCUAUUAUGGAUGGAUCUCUUUGUUUGGUGCAGCAGCAUUUAUCUUGAUUCAAUUGGUACUGUUGAUCGAAUUUGGAUACACACUCAACGAGAAACUCGUCUCCAAGAUUGAAGAUGAGGGACAUUCGAGCAACCGUUACUAUAUCGUUCUUUUGGUGGCUUCGAUUGGUACCAUUUGUCUGGCACUAGCAUUGACCAUCACAAUGUUGGUAUUGUGGGGCAAGACAUGUUCAAUCAACCAGUUCUUUGUCGUUUUCAAUUUGGGCCUGUCACUCAUUAUCGGUGUAUUGUCGGUCAAUGAGAGAAUUAGAGAGUAUCGUCCAUCAUCGGGUCUAUUACAGUCGGGUGUAGUCAUGCUCUACUCGACCUAUCUAGUGUACAGUGCCAUUAUGAGUGAGCCAGCCUCAACAUGCUCGACAAUGGCCAAUCAAGACCCCAAAAACUACACUGUCAUUAUGGGUGCCAUCUUUACCAUCAUCUCUGUGUGCUACAGUGCCUUUAGAGCAUCCGACUCGACCGAGUUACUCGGCAAGUCUGACAGUCCCCAAUACUCUAGUCUCAACGCCUUUUCCGACGACGAUGAUGACGUCCCACAACAAAUGGAAGACGAUGAAAAACAUGAAGUCGCCUACAGCUACACCUUUUUCCACAUCACCUUUGCAUUUGGUGCCAUGUACAUUGGUAUGCUUCUCACCAAUUGGUCUACCAUUGGAGGUCUCUCUAGUGCAUCGAUCAAUGUCGAUUCUGGUCUCGUAUCAGUUUGGGUUAAAAUCGUAUCUGGUUGGCUAGUUCAUCUAUUAUAUCUUUGGACUUUAGUCGGUCCUGCUUUAUUCCCAAAUAGAUCUUGGGAUUAA